CCAUUCCCCUUCAAGCCGUUCGUUCCCCGAUGAAUUUUGAAACGGUUUGAGGAUAACGGGCUUCUCCAUCUUCCAUCUUCUAACAAGUACAAGAGACCCUAUCCGGGGCCACUGGAAAUACUUCCCCGUCUGCAAGCUUGACUUUGCCAUCCUGUCCCCCGAUCUCCCAAAACCUUGGCCAGAGCCGAUAACCGGCACCGAGCCAGGCCCAAAGUGACACCACAAGUCCCCAGCCCAGGUUGUCCGUGCCCGUCCUGUGGAAAUACCGCUCUCUCCCGACCUUUCCAUCUUUUCAAUCUUCUACACGGUCAACCUCCUCAACACCUUCACCUCUCUUUCCCUCGUCCUUGUACUCGUCCUUGUUGUUGCCACCUUCCUCAUGUCAGCAACUCUGGUAUAGAUAUCCCAAGCUGUAUGGUGCUGAGCCACAGUUUUUCAAGACAAGAAGCUCGUCAGACACACCGGUGACUUUCCGCCCAGGAAAAGACUCACGCUUGGGGGCGCAGUGUGGCAGUUGACCGACAUUCAACCCCAACUAGCCGAGCCCAGAUUCCGCACUUUACAUCAUCAUCACGAGCACCUUCCGUAAGUUUUGCACUCUGCCCAACUCCAUCCCACCUUCCCAAUUCCCGAUGCGGUUGCAACCCAUAUACUUUUUGGCGCAGUCGAUUUCGUUAUUUGGUAAUGCUGCCAAAUGCUCUCAUUCUUCCCUCGUCGUCUAUUCUAUUAUCGACUCCAUGGCUUUUCAAACCUAAAGCCAUACAAUAAAAUUAACAUCAUGUCUUCUUCAAGCCCCGCAACCACCUCCAGACCAAAAUCCAUCACCAUGUCUUCACCUCAACCCAUAACAACCUCACACAAGCCGGUCCCAGAGACCGCAACCUCACAUCCUGAAAAUCCCAUCCCCGAAGAGCCAGCGGUUUCAAAGCAAAUCUCCUCCAGCGCCUCGCAACUGAGCCAAUCCCAUUCAUCCAUCAUGACGACAAACACCGCCGAAUACUCGGAUGACGCAUCAAGUAUCGACACCAGACCUAACACACCAAUCACAGAAAAUCAGUCCGACGAUUCACUUGAUGAACUCCCCAAGCGAGCCUCUCGCAAGGAACGACCGAGAAAGCGACGUGCAUCAACCUUGCUCGUUUCUCAAGACUCUGAAGAUGCCAGGAAAUUCCUUGGUGAGCGUGGAAGCGCCACCACGAUGAUUCAAAAGGCCUGCUGUGGUGGAGGUUGCUGCAUGCUGAAGGAGUUAAAAACCUCCGGCCCCGAUCCCACCGAGAAUCCUGUCAAAGAGCCUGACAACGCUGCUUAUCGAAGCCUCAAAUUGACGCUGGGCCCUUUGAGCUUGGACAGCCAACUGACCGAACUCGUCGAGCUUCCCACCAAGACCGUCUCAUUUCAAUCCUUAACCUCAGCGACCCCGAAGCAGAGGCAAGUCGCCGACAACAAGAAAAACCCUCCAGAGCUUCUCAAACAUCCACCCACAUUUGUUACUCCUCACCCACCCUUCGAGGUCUUCUCUGCUCCUUUGUUCCACACCCGCGAAUUGACCAAAGCUGGUGCUGAAAAAAGAACAUACCAUUUCGACAUUGACGUUACUGACUACCCCAAGGAAAGCGGUGAUGUUGAUUUUGUGGUCGGUGGCGCCAUUGGCGUCUGCGCACCCAACUCGCUCGCCUUGGUAGACGCUGUUUUUGACCGACUGGGCGUCCCCAACUUUGUUCGAGACAAACCGAUCCUUUUGCAGACGCUCGGCGGCAGAUGGCCUACAAUCUGGGGUGAAGAGGAAGCCAGAGAGCUCGUGACCACACGAAGGGAGCUUUUGACGUGGUGCUCUGACCUUCAAAGCUACCCACCAACGAAACAGCUGUUCAGACUCAUGGCCGAACAUGCUGAAAACGAACACGAGAAAAUGAUCUUGACCUACCUGAGCUCGGCUCAGGGUCAAGCAACCUUCUGCGACCUACGAACCGGGCCAUAUACCACAAUCCUCCAACUUCUUGAUGCCUUUCCCUCCACCAACCCACCUCUAGACCACAUCAUGAGUCUAUUGAACCAGCUGAUGCCUCGGUUCUAUUCACUCUCCCAAGAUCCCAUGGUCUCUUAUCUCAAGGAUGGAACAACCAAACGACGUCUGAUUGAAAUCGCAGUCACUGUCCAUGAAAGUGAUGAUUACGCCACAGGAACACGGACCGGCGUCGGCUCCGGCUUCCUGGAGCGUCUCGCAAAACAGUUUAUUCAGGCGGAGAAAGAGGGCAAGAACCCACGAGACCUCGACCUGAGGGUGCCCAUGUUUCGCGGCUUGAUGGCCAAUCCCUUGGCGCGAGAAUUUGUCUCAGACGGACCAAUGCUUCUGAUCGGGGCUGGCGUUGGUGUCGCACCAUUCCGAGGGUUUGUCCAUCGGAGACUCAAGUCGGCAAAUUGUGCAAACAAAGUGUGGGUUCUUCAAGGUGUCAGAGACAGCCUACUGGACGAGCUCUACUCGGGCGACUGGGGCGUGCAUGAAGACAAGGUCAAGAAAGUUGUACAGUCACGCCGUGGUGAGGGCAGAUAUGUCCAAGAGGAGGUUCGUGCACAGGCCGAUUUGGUGUGGUUUAUCAUCAACGCCAUCGAUGGCCGAGUCUUUGUUUGCGGUAGCAGCAAGGGCAUGGGAGAGGGCGUGGAACAGGCACUCGUCGAUGUUGCCAUGGCGAAGGGCAAACUCAACCACGACGAGGCUCAGGAGUUUUGGAAUGAAAAGAAGGCAUCAGGGCAAUAUAUUGCCGAGACCUGGUGAAUAAGUGGCACUGAUGACUUGUCACGACUCUGGUCGACUCACUUUUGUAAAAUCACCACCCCGGAAUCUCGAUUCUUCGACAGACGGCUUGGAAGGGUACAUCAUUUUUCUUGUCAUGCCUCAAACUUGCAUGGCGAGGCGUCUUCAAGGGAAUUCCGUUGGUAUGGUGUUUGGAUACUUGGGGGUCUUGUGGUUGGACCGAAUAGAACCACCACAGGAUCAAUGGGACAGGCGCACAUGUUCUGUGUCCUCGCAUUUGAGGAAGAAAGUUAUCAAAUUAGAGCAUGGGAGGGUGCAAGCGAUCAAUUGUCAAUCUGGAACCUUGCGGUUCAUGUCAUUACGCCUUGUGUAGAGCAGCUUGUACAUAAGAUACACAAUAUCGACUUUUUAGCCUAGGACUUUGGACAAUGGAGGCAUAUUAAUAUACCAAUGAGUUUGCAAGUUGGAAGAGUGUGAUCAAGUUGCACAACUCGGGAGUUAGCCUAGGUUCUGGAUACCUCGUCGUCGGACUCUUGGACAGUUUGCCCACUGUGGCUCCCUGGAGAAACGAUAGCUGGUGUGCGGCGGGGAGCGGGACCCUGAAGUCGCAUUGUAUAUUUCGUCUCUCUGAUAGAAGAGCCAACGCCCUCAGUUGGCGGGCCAUUAC